AUGGUACCCCUGAGGCUACUACUGUUCUUUCUGCUGCUGACCCUGCAGGGUGGGCAUGGCUGCCAUGGGCCAGAGGUGGAUCAGCAACUUGUUCUGGCUAAGGUGAAGGCACUGUUCCUGGAUGCUCUGGGGCCCCCGGCAAUGACCGGGGAAAGUAGGGAGCCUGGAGUCAGGCGGCUGCCUCGAAGACAUGCCCUGGGUGGCUUCGUGAGAAGGGGCUCGGAGUCUGAGGAAGAGGAUGUCUCCCAGGCCAUCCUCUUCCCCGCCACAGGCUCCAGCUGUGAGGACCAGCCAGAUGCUGGAGGGCUGGCUCAGGAGGCUGUUGAGGGCCUCUUCACCUAUAUCUUCAGGCCAUCCCAACACACACGCAGCCGCCAGGUGACUUCAGCCCAGCUGUGGUUCCACACCGGGUUGGACGGGCCAGGCCCAGCAGCCCCCAAUAGCUCUGAGCCCCUGCUCGGUCUGCUGACAUUGUCGUCUGGGGGGCCUAUGGCAGUUCCCAUGUCACUGGGCCAAGCUCCCCCUCGCUGGGCUGUACUGCACCUGGCCCCCUCAGCUCUGCCCCUGCUUACCCACCCAGUGCUGGUCUUCCUGCUGCGCUGCCCACUCUGUUCCUGCUCAGCCCAGCCUGAAACUAUGCCUUUCCUGGUGGCCCACACCAGGGACAGACCAUCCAGCGGAGGGAAGAGAGCCCCGCGCUCCACUCCCCCGUUACCCUGGUCUUGGUCGCCAGCUGCACUGCGCCUACUGCAGAGGCCUCCGGAGGAACCCGCUGCCCACGCCAACUGCCACAGAGCCUCUCUCAACAUCUCCUUCCAGGAGCUGGGCUGGGACCACUGGAUUGUGCAUCCGCCCAGCUUCGUCUUCCAUUACUGUCAUGGGGGCUGUGGGCUGCCCACCCCACUGGGCCUGCCCCUGCCGACCCCUGGGGUGGCCUCCACUCCUGUGCAGCCCCUCUAUUUGGUGCCAGGGGCCCAGCCAUGCUGUGCUGCUCUCCCAGGGACCAUGAUGUCCCUGCGUGUCCGAACCACCUCAGAUGGAGGUUACUCCUUCAAGUACGAGACGGUGCCCAACCUUCUCACAAAGCACUGUGCCUGCAUCUGA